UGAAAGAGUGGAUGACACAAAAGAACCAAGAAUUUAUUUAACAAAAGGGUUCUUUAAUUUUUUUAAAAAAGCGAUCGGCGCAUUUGUGUAGAGGCACAAGCGAGCCAAAAAUUCAUAACACUUCAACAUCAUAUCAACAAAGUAAAGCAAGCAGACCUGAUUCUAUAAUUGAUCGAUAUUUCAAUAUGCUAGUUAUACUCUUCACCUUUUCAUCGUCUCCUCGAAAAAGUUUUUUUGGCCUGUCUCAUCUUGUUGCUUUGGCUCUGUCUAGUUUAUGCUUUUUGUUAAUUGAUUUUGGGGCGAUAAGAAACACGUCAUUUGCUGCAUUCUAUAUCCAAACCAGCUAUAAACAACAAACUUUAAUUUUGUAUGAGGGCAACCAAAUGUUACAAAUGUCGUGCGAUGGGGCUCUAUUCGCGUUCAAAUUCAUACUGUCCAACAAUACUCAAAAGAAGAGAACAAUGAUACCAAUUUUUAAAAGAUCUACAAUGUACAAAAUGAGGCGUAUUUUGUUUCAGGUUUCUAUUAAGGGACGCUUCAUCUUUUAUUUUUUUCUUGUUUGUUGAUGACUUUAAAGAAAAAGAUACUAUUUUUUUUUUUUUUAUUUUU